AUGCAAUUCUCCCUUCCUUAUUAUCGGGAUGCUGGUCAAUUACCAGGGCCUCUUCCUGAUCAGAACGAGAUUGAACAGGCAACACGAAAUCUUAUGAAAUCAGAUUAUAGUGGGCGCCUGGUCGUGAUUAGAGACAAAUAUGUUGUGAAAUAUGGCCCACUUAUAAGUGAAAAUGAGGGAUAUGCUCUACUUUUUGUUGAAGAACAGCUCAGUAUCGCGGCGCCACGACUCUACGCCAUGUACCGCGAUGGGGACGCCCUGUAUAUCGUCAUGGAAUACAUACCCGGCAUUUCUCUAGGGAUGGCGUGGUCUUCGCUCACUGAGGCAAAUAAACACUCGAUUGAUUUUACGGCAGUGUCGACCGAGGACCCGUUCCCCAUAGACCCUUCUGUUACCGGCCCUUUUCAGACGGAAGAAGACUUCGGAAAAGCUAUCGCACUUCGCUCAAAAAUUAUAUGGAGCAAAUCAAUUAGUCGCAGCUUUCACUCCGACUAUCUUGCUCGCUACCUCCCAUCAGCACUUCGCAAUCAUCCGCCUAUGUUCACCCACGGAGAUCUCUACAGAGAGAAUGUUCUUGUCAAAAAGGUCGUCGAUUCUGUCACAAAUGAAGAAGAGUAUGAGGUAGCUGCUCUUGUGGACUGGGAAACGGCUGGAUGGUAUCCUUCUUACUGGGAAUACGGUCAUAUCUUUCCCCUAUUACGGUGGAUUGAUGACUGGCCGGAAUAUGUUGAGAAGAUUCUCGAUCCCUUUCCGCUAGAGGGCGCCAUGAUGCAGGUUGUCUUUACUAAUAUGGAGUUCUAA